CAGGGGCGGACUGACAACUCAUGGGGCCCCCCGGGCAACAGGGGAUCAUGGGGCCCCUGUGUCCUUGCCCAAACUCAAAAAAGCCUAUGAAAAAGGUACCAGGGGCAUCUCAUGGGCCCCCUACUGACCCCAGGCCCUCGGGCAGUGCCCGAGUUUCCAAAUGGUCAGUCCACCUCUGGUUGGUAUAUAUCUACUAAGAGUGAGAAAGUUAGGCAGAUCUACAUAUACCAUACACUAUACCAAUUUUACCAGAUAUUAUACUAUAUUGUAACAAUACUUAUAUAAUUUUAUUUUAUUUAAACUUUG